GAGAGUUUAUACACCAAGGUGGCCUAUUUAGAGAAGGAAUGCAAAGUGACUGAUAACUGUCAGCCUGCAAGCGAGUGUCCAUCUAGGACGAGAACACAAAGUGCCCUCUGCACGGACACUGCGGAGCGGCAUCUGCAGAUCGCUCUGGCUAGAUGCACAAGGCUCUCAGGAGCCGUGGGGUGCACAGAAGGCUACUGUCUCCUGUCAGCCUCCAGGCAUGGCUUCCAAGCCAGGCCAUGCACUGACAGCCUCCCAGACAAAGCCACCACCAAUCAUCCACUGUCACUCUGUGGCCUCCCUCACCACAAAAGGCCAGAUUGCCCCAGAUCAGAAAACUCCUUCUCCUCCAUAGGGGCAGCCAGAGGGCAAACGUGGGUGUUUUGAGACCUGAGCAGCCGUUCACCACUUGCUGACCUUAAGUGGGCCUCAGGAGUCAUCGAGGAAGCUGUGUUCUGAAAAGCUUUUUUCUUUUGGACAUUCUGUCCAUCUGACCUCCUGAAGAGGCUGUCCUAACAGCCAGACAGCUCUACUCUGAGAACCUCAUUCAUUCAUCUUCUAACGCUGAGGUCUCUCAAGGGCCAUGGUGGGUGGGGACAUACAUCCACAGAGUAGCUCCCAGCCAUGAAGGGGGAGGGAAAUGAGGCAUGAACAUUCUUAAAGAAUCUUCCAUGUAAGCAAAUCAGACUAAAGGCUGCCUGGGAGUUCAGGAUGGCAUCUCAGAGAAGGUGACAUUUGUGACUCAAUUACUGAGUCUAGGCAAGGCUCUAGGACACAGCAGUCAGGCAAGCUGAUGAGCACUGGCUCUCCAACUCUCACCUCAGUCCUGCAGGGGAGCAGGAAUAAACUCAAGGUGGGAUUCACGACAGUCCAGGAGGACCAUAAGGGCAGCCACUCGGAGGAACUGUGUAGGGAUGAUGUUCAUUGUUAGCGAAUCUGAGAGAGGUGUGAGGGAGGGGGGGGGGGAGAAGAGGUGGAAAGACAAGGAGCUACAAUAGCAGGCUAAGAGUUCAGGGCUCCGUGGGGCUGACAACUGAAGGCUGACGGUUCUUGGCCAAGGGGAAGGUAUACGAGAUCUUGGCACCCUUACCAAGUGUGAUAUGGAUAGCUUCAAUCCUCAGGCAGGCCCUUGCCACUCCCCUAGGCGCUGUGUUUUAAGGACACUUGUUUCCCUACAGAACUCCAUCAUGUUGACAGUGUGCUGAAAACUUCUCACAGCCCUCUGCUAAUGGAAUCCAAACUCCAAGCUCCUCCUAGUUUGAUCUCAUCAGCAUCCAGCUGGGCUGUGGGCUCAGGAGGAUCUUAAGAGAUCUUUGGUCCUUUGGAUAAGUCUGAACUCCCUUCUACCUGCCUCGCUGGAAUCUCCCACUUUGACUUUUGCUCUACUGCUGCCAGGAUUUCUCAGGAGCACGGUCAACUCCUACUAACCUUGCUAGCUUUUUUUGACCUCAGUUUGCCUGUAACCUGCUCAGGGAAGCCUCUGCUAACCAAUACGAGGCAGAGAUCUCUGGAGGUGUCCUUUGUAAGUGCUGUUGUUUCUGUCAGGAAAGCCAUUCCUUUGGUCUUCUAAGCCCAUGUGGUUCCUCACUCAUUCGACUGUCAAGUUGCAGUGUCUUGAGUUUCUUUAAGGUGGUAUUAUUAUGUCUUGUGAGACAGGCUCACACUGGCUUCCAUUCACUGUGUAGUCAAGGAUGACCUUGGCAUCGCCUUAGGAGGCUAAAGCCAUCUUCCAGAGCCAGUCUAGUCCAGGAAUGUCACAGAGUUGGUGGAUAGAAUCCUAUACCAGCAACAGCAAUCUGGAAAACACCAUGCGCCCCCUACAGUCUUGGUCCACAGCAGUGACAAAGGGGUUUCACGCAGAAAAUUGAUUUGAGGCUUGCAGAUGAACCUGGGCUGGGCUGCCUCAUCCUAGGGCUCCCCAAGCCAAUUAGUGACUUAAGCCCUGCCCACGCGCACUCGCAACACUCAUUCAUAUAUCAAACCCUUCACUCCUGUUCGGUGCCUCACACAGGACGCUGGAUACUUCAAAGACAGGGAGGGGUGGGGAAGGUGCACAGCCGACAGAAGUCACGAUUCGAAGUGAGCUGUCCUCACACACCUCCGCUCAUAUUUUUGAAACUGAUAACGACGUUCCUCCCUGAGCCGCAGAACUCUGGGAAAGGGGAAGUGUGGGAAACAGAUCUGCUUUUUAUUUUUACAAACUUUUUUGCAUCGCUUCCUAAAAUCAGAGCCUUGCACUGCUCCCAAAUGCUACUCAGUGCAAGGAGCCCUAGCAGCGGGGAGGAGCAAGAGGCUGGCUGUAUCACGCUACGCCCCAGGUUCCGCCAUCCAGGGACAUCCCAGUCCUAACCUCGCCUCCUCCAUGCUUCGCCCUUUCCCACUGCUGGCCUCGUGCUCAGUCACAGUCAACCCAGGCCCCCGAGCCCACCAUCUUGAUCUCCAGGCGGCUGGCUCGCUUGCUACGCGCAGCUUUCAUUGUCCUUCUCCAGCGGCACCAGACCACGCUCAGCAGAGUUCCACCCCUCUUCCACUCUCCCAUUGGCUCUUGCUGCCCAACUGCGCCGGGGACCGGCCUAGCAGUGUCUCUCACGCCCCGCCUUUGCUCCCGGCCCGGCCAGGGGCGGGGUUUCUGUUGGUCCCACCCUUUAGGGGAGGGGCCAAGCUCGCAGGCGCUCCGGAGCUGUCUCGGCAGGGCUCGGCUCGGCUCGGCUCGGCUCGGCUCGGUUUGCAGCUCGGGUGGGGGUGGGCGGCUAGGGUGACAGCGGCAGUAGCAGAGGCUGCGGCGCGAGGCUGAGCAAGCGGUGAGCGGGGAGCCGGUAAGAGGAGGAAGUGGAGCGGCGGCCCGGAGCUCUGGAGUCCGCUGCCGGCACAGGUCCGCCCAGAUUUGCAGAGUGAGCGGCGUCGGGACCUGGGCAGACUUCUUCGCCUUGCUCCGGCCGCUGGCGCUCCGCCUGCCCUGCCCUGCCCUGCCCUGCUUGUCCGAGCCCCGCAUUCCGCGCCUGGACUUUCCUAGCCCCGUGGUCUGGAGCUGCUGGGACGUUCGAGCCCCGGCCUUGAUCCGGAGUUCCGAGACGGGACGUUCUCGGCCCCAUCAUACUGACCCAUCUCUGCUGGAGUGUCCUCCGCCCCCUGGUCGGCGCAAGGUGGCCCCAGCUCUGGGACUUGAGUGUAGAGGAGCCGGGACGCCCACCGGCCUCCAGCUCCUGGAGAACCAAAUCUUCAGCUGCCUUGGACCGAACUGCUCCGGACUUGAAACUGUACUGGCACCGCCCGGGUCCAGCGCACCGUGAGGGGUCCCAAGCAGGCAGAACAGUCGGACCGAACCCCUGGGCGAGUCGAAGCUGCCACCUUUCUCCGCCCUAGGUUAAGGAUCUUGGGGUGCUUGCUCCCAGGGGAACACAGGGGCUUCUCCUGCCACAGUCUCCAGCGAGCGGAGGUUGCAGGGAGGUAGCAUUACCACAUUCUUCAUCCACCGACAGGUGACACCACUGGAGACCGUGGGCUGUGGAAGAAACACACGGAGCACAGGUGUCCCCGUGUUCCUCUGGACCAACAACAGCGAGUCUGCAACCCAGCAGCUUUGGAGCCUGUCAGUCUGGCUGUGGCACUCCCUUCCAGCCUAGAGGACAUCAGUGACAACAUGGACGCUGGCCCAUGUCAGGGCCAUGGAGGACAUUGCUGAUGCCCAGAGACUCGAAGUGACUGGCCUGGGGUCACACAGCAGAAGACUAGAGGGGAGAACACCAAGACCUGCUUCAGCUCUUUGGCCAGUACACCGGGCACCUGCUCUUCGAGUGAAGUGACAUCACCGUCUCCGUGGACAGGACACCCCUGGAGUGCAGCCCAUAGCCGCCUGGACCUUCUUCCAGCACCAGCCAGGGGCCUCCAUGGGAGCUUAAGGGCCAGGCAGCAGGGCUGCGGGCACGAGCAUGGUGAGACACCAGCCCCUGCAAUACUACGAGCCCCAACUGUGCCUCUCAUGCCUCACAGGCAUCUAUGGCUGCCGCUGGAAGCGCUACCAACGCUCGCACGAUGACACCACGCCGUGGGAGCGCCUGUGGUUCCUGCUCCUGGUCUGCACCUUCAGCCUCACACUCACCUGGCUCUACUUUUGGUGGGGUGUCCACAACGACUACGAUGAGUUCAACUGGUACCUCUACAACCGCAUGGGCUACUGGAGCGACUGGUCCGUGCCCAUCCUGGUGACCUCGGCUGCUGCUUUCACAUACAUCGCAGGCCUCCUGGUCCUGGCACUAUGUCACAUCGCUGUGGGGCAGCAGUUGAACCUGCACUGGAUACACAAGAUGGGGCUGGUGGUCAUCCUGGCCUCCACGGUGGUGGCCAUGUCUGCAGUGGCCCAGCUCUGGGAGGAUGAGUGGGAGGUGCUGCUGAUUUCCCUGCAGGGCACGGCACCAUUCCUGCAUAUAGGGGCCCUGGUGGCCAUCACUGCACUCUCCUGGAUCGUCGCUGGACAGUUUGCCCGUGCAGAGCGGUCCUCCUCUCAGCUCACCAUUCUUUGUACCUUCUUCGCCGUGGUCUUCACCUUCUACCUGAUCCCUCUCACCAUCUCCUCUCCCUGCAUCAUGGAGAAAAAAGACCUGGGCCCCAAACCUGCCCUCAUCGGCCACCGAGGGGCUCCCAUGCUGGCUCCAGAACACACAGUGAUGUCCUUCCGGAAGGCGCUGGAGCAGAGGCUGUAUGGGCUGCAAGCUGACAUCACCAUCAGCCUGGAUGGUGUGCCCUUUCUCAUGCAUGACACUACCCUGAGGCGGACCACCAAUGUGGAGCACCUGUUCCCGGAGCUUGCCCGCAGGCCUGCUGCCAUGCUCAACUGGACUGUCCUGCAGAGGCUCAAUGCCGGCCAGUGGUUCCUCAAGACCGACCCCUUCUGGACGGCCAGCUCCCUGUCACCCUCCGACCACAGGGAGGUUCAGAACCAGUCCAUCUGCAGCCUGGCAGAGCUGCUGGAGCUGGCCAAGGGCAAUGCCUCGCUGCUGCUCAACCUUCGGGACCCGCCCCGUGAUCACCCCUACCGUGGCAGCUUCCUCAACGUCACACUGGAGGCCGUGCUGCGUUCAGGCUUCCCCCAGCACCAGGUCAUGUGGCUAUUUAACAGGCAGAGGCCUUUGGUACGGAAGAUGGCUCCUGGCUUCCAGCAAACAUCUGGAUCCAAAGAAGCCAUCGCUAACUUACGGAAAGGUCACAUCCAGAAGCUGAACCUCCGCUACACUCAGGUGUCCCACCAGGAGCUCAGGGACUAUGCAUCGUGGAACCUGAGUGUGAACCUGUACACUGUCAAUGCACCGUGGCUCUUCUCCCUGCUGUGGUGUGCUGGGGUCCCCUCCGUCACUUCCGACAACUCCCAUACCCUUUCUCGGGUGCCUUCUCCACUCUGGAUCAUGCCCCCAGACGAGUACUGCCUCAUGUGGGUCACUGCCGACCUGAUCUCCUUCAGCCUCAUCAUCGGCAUCUUCGUGCUCCAGAACUAUCACUUGAUCAGGUGGCGCCUGGGUGGUAUACGGAGUUACAACCCAGAGCAGAUCAUGCUGAGCGCCGCUGUACGCCGGACCAGCCGGGACGUCAGCAUCAUGAAAGAAAAACUCAUCUUCUCAGAGAUCAGUGAUGGUGUGGAAGUCUCCGAUGAGCUCUCCGUAUGUUCAGACAGCAGUUACGACACCUAUGCUAAUGCCAACAGCACAGCCACCCCCGUGGGCCCUCGAAAUGCUGGCAGCCGUGCCAAGACCGUCACAGAGCAGAGUGGGCAUUAGCUGAAGAUCUGUCUGCCCAACUUGUACCCAAGGUAGAACCUAGAAGAGAGGAAGGUCUGAUGAAAAGAAGCUGCACCUAGAGGGCCCGGGAGCUGGCUCCUCAGCCUACUUAUGUGCUCCAAGCUCCUUUGUCUGUUCCAGUCUCUCUUGCAUGAGUGGGGGGGUGACCAAAGGGGCCCUCUCCGCUGAGGCUCAGCUGGACCAGGACUCCAGCCUCUAGAUGCCCCUGCAGGCCUGGGGCUUUUCAUCCAGGAAGCGAAGGCCUGAUCUCCUGGUCCACUCUCAUAGUCAUCCUUGGCCUCCCAGCCUGGAAGGGUUGGUGAGUCACUGGGCUGUGCCGUGUGCCACAAGCAAGUGGAGGACGUGGAUGUCUCCCUAUGCCCACACCUCUCUAUUUAUCUGUCUGUGCUGUGAGAUGACUAAUGUUCUCACCCCUGCCUUGAGGACGUUGGCUGGGCCUCCCUCUUGGGGGGGGGGGGGUGUUUCUACGCUCUGCACCCAUCUCAAAGCACAAGGAAGUUCAUCUCAGGAGAAGAAAGCAGUGGCUGUGGUGGAGAUGCGUUCCUCCCAACCAGCUCCCUUCUACCACUGACCUCUCUGUCCCUGAGAAGCAGCUGGAGAGGACCGGAAUCACAGGCUCAGGGCUGUCCUGCCUCACACCCAACUGUCCAGCAGGCCUCUGGGGCAGAAGAAGCCUUGAGGACCAGGUGAACGACAGACUGAUCUGACCUCAGGUUCCCACAGCAGCGGCCACAGGGCAAUGGGCCACCUGGGCGAAGCACAUUGGGCUCAGUCAAGCAUGGGCCUCUGGCCAAAGUUGCCUACAGUAGAAGGAACCCAAGGGCAAAGACAAUUAAAGCUGCCAUCUUGA